UUUAAAGUCGGUAAAACCAGCAGCUUGAGCCACUAAGUUGAGCUUUCUGAUCAAAGAUUUCAGAAUCCUUGAAAUUGGCGAGCCAAUCUGCUAUUAGGGUUCGUUUGCAGGAAUCAAAUUUCAAAAUAAAAAACCUCUGGUCAAUGGCAAGCGAGCAUAAUAAAAUCUAUCACGAAAGGCAAAGAUUACAAUUUUGCCUCUUGCAUUCGCUUAACAAUCUCUUUCAGCAAAAGGAUGCCUUUACUCGUGCAAGUUUGGAUUCAGUAGCCGAAAGACUCGUUCUUGGUGACCCAGGAAAGGAAAGUUGGACACCCUUUUCUUUAGUCUUCAAGCCUCACCACAAUUCACUUACUGGAAACUAUGAUAUAAAUGUUUUAAUUGCUGCACUAGAAGGGAGAGGGAAGACUGUGAUUUGGCAUGAUGGUCGAAACGGGGCAUCAAGUAUCGAUCUCGACGAUGGAUUAUUGAUGGGAAUUGUGGUCAAUGUUCCUGUUAAACGAUAUGCUGGGCUUUGGAAAAGUAGGUAUUGGAUUGCUGUAAGAAGGAUUGAUGGAGUUUGGUACAACUUGGAUAGUGAUCUUCUGGCACCUCAGUGUCUUGAGGAUUGUGGAGAAGUUAGGGAAUUCUUGGAUUUUAUCGUCAGUCAUGAUGGGCAGGUUUUGCUUGUCAAAAAUGAGAAUAGACAAUGAGUUUCUACAUUAUUU